AUGCCAGUAGCGCCGCACUCCAAGGACCUGUCCGGGUACUUCACGCAGACCACACGGCUGCGCAAGAACAGCCCGCUGAAGUCGCUGCUCAAGUACAUGGCAGCCGACCCCACGCUUGUCUCUCUGGGCGCGGGUCUCCCGCACCCGGCCACAUUCCCGUUCGCCAGCAUUGGCGGCCAAGCCACCUCAGCAGACACUGCAUUUGUUGAUGCGUCGAUUUCAGCCGGCGAUGUGUCGUCCAUCGAGGGUCUUGACAAAUUCCUGCAGUAUGGCAACGGCCGCGGCGUCCCCAGCUACUCCAAGUUUGCAAUGGAGCAUACGGAGCGCGUGCACAACCCAAAGUACUCGGACUGGGAUGUGGUAGGUCUGAUGCUGUUCUGCGAGCACGGCGACACACUGCUGGUCGACGAGUGGACGUACCCGGCGAUCAUGGAGACAGUCGCGCCCAUGGGCAUUGAGCUGGCGCCCGUAGCUAUGGACUCCCAGGGCAUAGUCCCCGAGGCCCUCGACAAGGUCGUGGCCGAGUGGGACGGCAAGAGCCGCAAGCCGCGUGUCGCAAAGAAGCACAACCUGGUGCUGAUCGAAGACGACCCGUACUACUAUCUGCAGUUUGCGCCGACGCUUGUGCCGUCGCUGCUCUCCCUGGACACUGAGGGACGCGUGAUCCGCCUGGACUCAUUCAGCAAGGUUCUGGCACCAGGACUGCGUAUAUUACCUGACAAGAUCCAGUUCCACAACGAGACGAGCACGCAGCAGCCGUCAGGACUCAGCCAGGCGCUGGUCUCUCGGCUGAUGAACGAGGACUGGGGACACUCCGGCUGGGAGAAGCAUCUGGUCCAGAUCCAGCGCGAAUACGCUGUGCGCCGCGAUGUGUUCGUCGACCUGUGCUUCAAGUAUCUGAAGGGCAAGGUCGAGUUUACCGACAUCUUUGACGCCAUGAUUGAGAACCACGUCAUGCUGGUGCCUGGGUACAUGUUCUCGCCGCUGGGGCAGUGCGACGAGGUCAUGGACAAGCCGUAUAUGCGUGCAGCGUUCUCGUAUGCAUCCAUUGACCAGUUCGAGACAGCGGUCUCUCGGUUUGCCGAGGCCCUGGCCCCAUUCACCAACUAGUACUGAUAGCGUGCAAUAUAUUC